AUCAUCUCCGGAUAUUUCGCCUAUUCUACAGCUCAUAUUUGUUUUUCCUUCUCUUCGAGUUGAGUAUUCGAGCCGAGCAAAAAGAAAACCUACUAAACCUACUCGCCGGGGUUGCCAAUCACCAUUUACAGUAUUGCCGCCCCCAAUUCGCCUUGUCACAGCUGAGACUAAAAAGAGACUAAAGAGACGAAGGCUGACAAGGGUGACGGGCUCCUCUUUUAUUCUUAUUUUUCCCUUUACAUAUUCCCUUUUGGGUCGACGCUUAUUUUUGCCCGACUUUCUUAUUUACUCCAUCCGUUCCCCUCCUCCCAAGUUGACUUGACCUCUCCUCUCUCUGCUUCCCCGCGGGAGUUCUUGACCGACUCCUAUUAAAACCACCACUUGAUCCUUCGGUCGCAACAUUCAUUCAUCUCAUCUGAAUCCGAUCUUGAAACCAUCCCUCGCCUUCCAUCCCAACUCUACUCCACCCCCCACCGGCGCUUAUCGGUAUCAUUCAAGCAUCAUGCGACUGUAUCCGUGGUCAACCCUCUCCGUGGUCGGUGCGAUCGCAUCGUCGAUCCCCCUCUCUACCGGUCACGAACUCCAUCUGCCAUAUCUCCCAUCGCUCAGCCCGGAACAUGAUUCGGAUGCCUAUCUGGCUCUCAAAUGGACUGUAACUAAUGGAUCCCUCUAUGCCAACAACGAUCAAAUCUUCCCUCCGACUAUCUCUAUGCAAGUACAUGCGCCUCAAUAUCGGGGUCAAUCCAAUGCUCGUGUGGGCGACGAGGAUCUCGAACUAUCUUACUCCCUGCACGCCCGGCCACUUUCAUCCGAAGAAGCGGGAGCUACCUCCAAGAUUGUCCGCGUGCGUGUCGAUUUGAUGGAUCUCCAGGGUGAAGCCGUCACUCCUAACGCCGUCGUAUUGGACCUCCUCGCCCAUCCUGAUGGAAGCCAGCGAAUUACACGAAUUCGGAUGGAACCCGGGAAAGGCCAUCGCGAGGGCCACGAUCGACCCUGGCAUAUGAAGUUCUGGCAAACCCAAAUGGCAGGAAUCAUCAACCACAGCAAAGAAAAAGAGAACAAGCAGAUCUCAUCACCCGCUCAAACAUCUCAAACCAAGACCGAGGGUUCCACGCAAAAACCUCCGAGCGAUGCCGCUCAGACAGACGAUAAGGAGGAAGUCACUCAGGUCGGAUACAUCUUCUCUCCUUACUGGUCCCCAGCGGCCUACUCUCACCGUGGCCACGGCCACCACCGCCACCCGCAUCACCGUGAUCGUACCUUUAUGCGUAUCGUGCGACCCGUCAUUCUCCCUGCCGUCCUUGGUGCCGCUGCGGGUCUGGUUGCCUGCCUGGUAGGCUUCGUCAUCGGCCACCUGUGCAUGUCACUCUCCGUCCGCCUUGGUCUCCGCAAGAACAGGCAACAACGACGGGCUAGCGCCGUCCACCUGGAAGAUGGGACUUUCAGGGAAAAGUCUGUCUUGAUAUCCGUCCCUGAGAUCUACGUGACAGAUUCAGAUUCGGACUCGGAGGCUUAGGCUUAGGCAUUUACGGCACGAUAAUGGCAUUUUAGGCGCGGCGCUUUUGGCUUGGUUUGGGUGGCUUGGCUUCAUUUUGAUUUUACUACGGCGCAUUUCCAUGCAUCACCACCACUACCACUAUCAUUCUUUCCUUUCUCUCGCUUUUCCUUCUUGUUUCUACUCAUUUUCUGUACUAAUAGCCUUUGGAAUGUGUAUACCCUGGCAUGAGUAUCAUGCGUACGAUCAAUUCAAUCAUUUUACCCAC